AUGGCGCUUCAGAGUCAGAUGCUCCAGGAACGCAGGCCCAUGACAGUGGUCAGUUUGGCCAUCAAGUUCAACGCUGCUUGCUUCGAACUGGGGAAGUUGCAGCAUCCUGGUGUGGACGUUGACUCCUCCCUUCAAAUCAAGCAACAACUUUUACUGGCAGCUAUGGACGAGUUCGACUCCCAUUGCACGACCUUGAACCGCACCUACAUGCUGUCCAGCUUGCAGAGGGAUGCUGUUUUCCACCUGGUUUUGCACAGUUCCCCGACGUUCUUGAGAUCAAUCCAGGGUUUGCUGGACACAGUUCCAGAGAAGACGAAUCCAUGGAAAUUGAAGGUGCUACAAACAAAGCGAUGGAUUCUCGGAGGCCAAUCCUCCAAGGUGACAGUGCAAGACCAACUCACAGUGUGGGCGCAGGUCCUCCAGAUGAAUCAAGUUAAACAGUGCUUGCUGGCGGAGAUUGUCAACUUCGAGGUUCGAAGGGCCCUGCGAAGUGGAAGAAGCAAGUCCCUCACGCUGGAAGAGUUUAUGGAGCUGUGUGAUUAUUCUUGCUGGGUUGGCCAUUGCCUGUCGAACCCUCCUUUGGAUGAUCCGAAAAUGCUGGCAAGUGUGCGGAGCCGAUGCAUUGAAGGAGAGUACUUGGCCCAGUUUCGGAUGCAAAUCGCUUUGAAAAGCCCAGAGUGGACCGCUGAGCAGUUUCCAUGGCCAGGAAUGGAUCCUUCCACCUCAACAGCGGUGAUGAACAAUGACAUUGAGUCCUUGAAUGAACAGCAACAGGAGUGUCAGUUCAAAGCCGACGUUCUGGGUUUGAACACAGACUGCUGCAGGAUUUGCAAGCACUUGUCUGAGGUUGAGUCAAACACCAAAGCCAAGCAGGUUGCGCAAGCUUCCUGGGUUCGAGGCCAAAUUCACCAAGGGCGAGUCCAGGUGGUAGAACCAUUCAUGCAGUCGAAUUGUAUGGUGAAAGCGGGCGAGACCAUUGCAUCCCUGAGCCACUGGUGGGGGAAGUUCAGUCAAAAUGCUGCAGCAGUGUCUGGCACUUGCUUGAAAGUAUUUUACUGCGAUUGCCACAAGUUCGCCAGGAUGAGCGACGAUGCCAUGAACUCAAUGUUCGAGAUGCUUCAGCAGUUCGCAUCUUCUGAUCCCAAGAGCUCCGCUGCGAUCAUUUUGGUGACAACAGUGGCUUCCAAGAAGAGACUCACAGGAGACCGCGCAGAGCGAGCGAGGUUGGAAAUGCGUGCAGAGAACAAGGGCUUUGUACCGGUUCUCACCAGUUUGAAGAUGAAUGAAGGCCCACUUCACGGGAAUGACUCGCGCCAGGUUUGCUACGAUGUAUAUGUGUUGCUUCCAGAGGCUGCAGGUGAAGAUUCUUUGUUUGCGUCCAGCUAUCUGGUCAGACGCCGUGCCACAAUGCGGGAUGCUCAAUGGCUGCCACCCUCGGACUAUGCCCUCCAAACCACUCCUCAGCCUGGCGCUCCAACCACUGCUGCCAACUUGUCGCUGGAGAAGAGGGCCAUGAAUUUGUUGGCUGGUCAGGACGUUCCUGCUGUCCUUUUCGACAGCCUUCUUCACACAUCGGAUGGCGCUCCCAAGCCGCUUCUCACCAAGCGCUCUGAUGUGGUUAUCCUAUUAAACUGGACACCCUAUGAGGGUGGCCCAGAAACGGCUUGCCUGCGUGCCAAUCUUCAGGGCCCAAGUGCUUGGAAGUGUUGUAGCCUGACCUUGGACACAGAGAGUGGAAAGAUGUGUGAGGCCCGCUUGGCGCGCAGCCUUUUGCUGGAUUGGAAGACUGGAAACCACCAACUGAUGCCAAAACCACAGCUUGUGUUUGAGGCAGAGCUUCCGCAGCAUGAGGUGGAGAAGUUCAGGGGGACAGAAAUUUCUGGUUUGACCAUCAUGAAAAUGAAUGGGGCUUUGCCAGAGAUACCUGCAGAGGUAAGACGCAAAUGGAGCAGCGACCCAGUCUACGCAACAGAGUGGAUUGCGGAGUUGAAGAAGUGCGACGAACUACUGACGUCCCCAGAGGCGCUCAGGGCCGGGGGCUCAUCUGAGCCAGCAGCGGCGGUUGCUGCUGCUGCGGAUGGCGUGGCUGGUGGUGGAAGCCUCCCUGAUGAUUGGGUGCCAAAGCCAAAGGAAUCUUUGAAGAACAUCACCCACACAUGCACCAGUGACAUUGAGAACCUCUCACUGCACAUUGUCCAGUCGGAGGGUGAUGAGAAUCCAACUAUCUACCUUGAGGCCAAUGAGGACAUGACAGUCCCGACCAACAAGCCCGUGUUCAAGGUGGGGGCAUCAGACUGGUUCAAACCUCCAAAGAGCACUCGGCUCCUGGCAAAUGAAGCGGAAAGGAGCUUGUACCUGUUCGAGGUUCGAUCUGACCUGGUGAAAGUUGUGGUGGAGGUUCCUGGCAACCCCAACCUUGAGCCAGCUUCCAUCCGUGAUGUCCUACACGAGGCUGAGGCAUCGGGGGUGAUUGACUUGUCGCUAUGGGGGCACACUUGUGCCAGGCCUGGGGGAGCAGCAAUGACUGGUGGUGAGGUGGAUCACUUUGUGAUUGCCCCAAUUGCUGCGGAUGGUGAGGAGAGUGCUGUCAAGUGGGUCUUCCGCCCCAAGCCCAUUGAGAUGCAGAAUGCCCGCGCCUCCAACCUGUUGAACGUGCUCCCCAAAAAGGCCAUCAUGGACUCUCCACGAGUCCUUGUGACCUGGACCAUCACGAUUGAUGAGGCCCAAGCCAUGAUGGUCCCUAAGAAGCCGGAAAUCUUCUUGCGGGAGAAUGUACCUCUGGGCAAGGGCCAGGUGGUGCGAGUCGUGUAA